CGGCCAGGGCCAAGCGCCUUGCCCUGCAGCCAAAUAGCGGCCAUCAUGUUUUCGGAUUUUUUUUUCUGCUGCCGAGAGUUCACUCUGAGCCCCGACCUCUUGUUUUCUAUUUCCCUUUUUUAAGUGGAUGAGGCAAGAAGAUUUGCGCAUAACACCCCCCGAAUGUUUUGCUAUUUGCAGAUACUACUUCUACGGGUAGACGCUAGACAGGGCUUGGUGUAUCAACCGUAUGAUGAUCAGAAACGCUGAUGAAGACGAAGAGGAAGGAUCUGGAGGAGGUUUACGAUGAAUUCUCCGAGUUCUCACUCAAUUCCCCGGCGAGAAAGAUUCGGAGGCUGGAUGCUGAAUUGCCUCCUAUUAUGGAAGAAGAAGACCAAACAGUUCCUUUACCAUUUGAGAAUCAAAUGCCGCAAGAAGUAGCUGGUGCUGAAAUUGUGGAUUUGGACUUGGAGCAGAUUCCUUUGAAUGAGGAGAGAGCUUUGGUUUUGUAUAAGCCAGUUGAUAAUCACCUCGUUGUGUCGCCUAGUUCGACUUUUAGUGUGAACCCAGACUUGAUUUAUGGUCUUAAGAAUCAAGCUUUGCGUGCUGUAACAGCAGAGGAAAUGCCUGAAGAUAAACAAGCUGUUGCUAACAACUCGCUCGCCGUUAUUCCCUGGGCGCCAUCCCAUGCCUCUUCAUUGAUCAUCUCAGAAUCUGGAGGAGGGAUACAAAUAGAGGAAACAAUGAAAGCAGAAGAAGGAACCGGCGGUGCAUCGAUGGAAGUCGAGGAAUCUGGAUGUCAAACUGAUGGCAACACUGCAAUCGAAGGUUUUCAUCAACGGCAGCAACAUUGUAUGGUUCCCCAGCCACCACAGAAUGUCUCUACUCCUAUCAUGUGGUCAUGGGGUAUAGGAACUUAGAUAGCUCUUCAUUUCUAGCAGACGAAAACCAGAGCAAGGAACGAAGUUCUAGCUAUUUGUACAUUCAGAUGUGUUUCAAGUUCAGGUCUGGAGACAGGGUGAUGUACCAUCUGUCAGGUGCCUAAUAUUCCAAACCCAACGAAAGUGCACAGCCACAAAUGUUGAAAAGAGGAAAAGAAAACAAAAGGGCGGGCCCCAUAGCAUAGUAAUUUAUUACUAUUUUAUUAUGCAUAGUGUUUUUCAAAAUCCUAUAAAUAGGCUCCAAAUCCUUAAGGAAAUCUCAU